CUGAUUUUUAGGCCUACAACACAAAUAAAGAGUAAGUACCAGGCUACAAUGAUGCAGGAAACCAACAGUCACAUGGGUCAAACCCCCUUGCAUCAUUCGGUGCCAUUCAACGAUUCGGUUUUAAAGGACCAAGGACUAACCAGCACGGAUAUCGAUAAGUUCGUCCAGCUAUGGAAGCAAUACCAGAUGAAGAACAUGUCCGCCCAGGUGGACGAGUGCCAGGGCUAUUGUCAGGGGGAAAUCUACAACUGGCUGCGAGCCUACAACAGCAUCCAUGGAUAUGUUUCUCUAAUGAUUUGCAUAUUCGGGACAAUAGCAAACAUCUUGAACAUAAUGGUCCUGACCAGAAAGGAAAUGGCCAAGACGCCCAUAAAUAAUAUCCUCAAGUGGUUGGCGGUGGCCGAUAUGUUUGUGAUGCUGGAAUAUAUACCCUACACGUCCUAUCAGUACAUCUAUAUGCGACCAGGUGAAAAGGAUCUGAGCUACACCUGGGCCGUUUGUCUUCUGAUCCACAUGCACUUUACCCAAAUUUUGCAUACUAUUUCCAUUGGAUUGACCGUCACCCUGGCGAUUUGGCGAUAUGUGGCCAUCAGACAUCCUAAUGGGGGCUGUGCCAACUUCCUGCUCGCACAUUCCCGGGAGGCGAUCCUCCUGCCCUUCGUCCUGUCGCCGAUCCUCUGCCUGCCCACGUACUUUGUGUUCCAGGUGCGAGAGACAUACGACGUGGACAAUGUCAACUCGGAGGCCAUGUACCACGUCUACUUCGAUAAGAAUUCGGUGCUCUACAGGUUUAAUUUCUGGAUACAUUCCGUGCUCAUCAAACUUUUGCCCUGUGGCAUAUUGAUCGUGAUCAGUGCAGUGCUCAUGCACGUUCUGUGCGAGGCCUCGAGACGUCGCUUGAAGCUGAGAGACUACAAUAAUCCCGCCAAAUAUGCCAUCCAGCUUAAUCUGAACGAAUCCAAGUCCAAGAAGCCACCGCGCUGUGAUCGUCGAAAUGAUCGCACUACCCUCUUAUUGGUGGCAGUACUGGUUUUGUUUCUGAUCACCGAAUUCCCGCAGGGAUUAUUGGGCCUGCUGUCCGGAGUGAUGGAGAAGUGCUUCUUUGCCCACUGCUAUCCGCCAUUCGGGGAACUGAUGGAUCUGCUGGCCCUGAUCAACGCAGCCGUGGGAUUCGUGCUGUACGGACUGAUGUCGAAACAGUUCCGAACCACCUUCCGAUCGCUUUUUAUGAAGCGGCACUUUGGCAGCACCGAGAUGACGCGCUUGACCCGGGUCACCACGACUUGCGUUUAAAUUGGUUUGAAAGGAAGGGAAUCUCCAAGAAGAUGUGAUUAUAAUAGGGAGCCAAGAACGGUGACUCCUAGGGAGGCUAUGGACAUCAAAGAUGAUCCUGCCGAGCUCCAAUUGAAUUUUCUAAAUUGUA